CCUCCCCGUCUCCAUUUCUUUUGUCUCUCUCGGUCUUCAAAUCCAGCGGUGCCUAUCUGGUAGCUGCCGUCGCACUCGUACGCGCAUUGCCUCCUCCCUCCGCGGCAGCUCUUGGCUCCUCGCCCGUUUCGUCGCGGCGCCGUUCUUGGAGGAGAGCUCUGGGACACUCCAGUUCGUUUCUUGGAGGAGCUGCCGCUGCCGCUGCUGGUGGUGGCCGUCGAUGGGGAGGGGCAGCUAUGGCUGCUCCGUUGUUGGGUCGCUUCUGCUGCUGCUGCUGCUGGUCUGCCUGGGCUCCGCCGUUGCGCAGAAGGCGUCGACUUGGAAGACCCUGAGCGGUGGUCCUCCAUUGGUCAUCGCUAAGGGCGGUUUCUCGGGCCUGUUUCCAGACUCCAGUGAUUUUGCUUAUGGGAGUGCUCCUGGUGCAGCUCUGUGGUGCGACGUCCAGUUAACCAAGGAUGGUGCUGGCAUCUGCCUUCCAGACAUAAAUAUGAAUAACUGUACAGGCAUUUCCAGUUUUGAUCCAAAAGGGAUUAAGACCUACAAUGUGAAUGGCGUGCCGGUAAAGGGAUGGUUCCCCAUGGACUAUAAGAGCGCCGAUCUCCUGCAACAAGUAUUUUUGAAGCAACCAAUCCUAUCACGCACGGAUAAAUUUGAUGGACUCGCAAUAGUUCCAGUUGAAGAUGUACUGUCCAAAUACAAGACACCUGCUGUUUGGCUAAAUGUUCAGCAUGACAGUUUCUACAGCCAGUUUAAUCUGAACAUGAGAAGCUAUAUCCUGUCUGUAUCAAAACAAUUCGCUGUUGACUACAUAUCAUCACCUGAAGUCAACUUCCUCAACAGCUUACUUGGAAGAGUUAGCAAGAAGACGAAGCUUGUGUUCCGUUUUCUUGAUGAACAAACUGUUGAGCCAUCUACAAACCAGACAUAUGGCUCACUCUUGAAAAAUCUAACAUUCAUCAAGACUAUUGCAUCUGGAGUACUUGUCCCCAAGCACUACAUAUUGCCUGUUACAAAAGAUAAUUACCUGCAGCCCCAUACUUCAGUUGUUGAUGAUGCUCAUAAAGCAGGAUUAGAAAUUUAUGCUGCAGAUUUUGCAAAUGACUUCUCAUUCAGCUACAACUACAGCUAUGAUCCAUUAGCGGAAUAUCUUUCCUUCAUUGACAAUGGUGCCUUCUCUAUUGAUGGCGUGUUGACUGAUUUCCCUAUUACCUCAUCAGAGGCCAUUGGUUGCUUUACUAAUCUGAAUAACAGCAAGAUAGAUCAUGGAAAACCUCUUGUUAUAUCCCACAAUGGAGCCAGUGGUGACUACCCAGAUUGCACUGACCUCGCUUACCAAAAGGCAGUUGCUGAUGGCGCAGAUGUCAUUGACUGUCCUGUGCAAGUGACCAAAGAUGGAAUACCAAUAUGCAUGAGCUCCAUUGACCUAGGGGAUGUUACUACAGUUGCAAAUUCACAAUUUUCUUCUCAAACAUCUGUUAUAAAAGAUAUUAAGGCUUCUCCCGGAGUCUACUCAUUCAACCUCACUUGGGAUGAUAUUUCAAAGAACCUCAAGCCGAAGAUAUCAAACCCAAUGUCUACGUAUAAACUGUACAGAAAUCCCAGAAACAUGAAUGCAGGAAAUUUCAUGAGAUUGUCAGACUUUUUGGACUUUGCAAAAGGAAAGGAUUUGUCUGGGAUCAUGAUCAGUAUAGAGCAUGCUGCAUUCAUGGCACAGAACCUUGGCUUUGGGGUAGUAGAUGCAGUAACUAAAGCUCUUGAUGACUCUGGUUACAGCAAACAAACUACCCAGCAAGUCAUGAUUCAGUCAACUAACAGCUCAGUUCUAGUGAAGUUCAAGCAGCAAACCAAGUACAAUCUUGUCUACAUGAUUGAAGAAAAUGUCAGGGAUGCCGCACCUUCCUCCAUUGCAGAUAUUAAGAAGUUCGCCGAUGCUGUUUCUGUUAACACCAUGUCCGUCUACCCGGUGACACAAAAGUUCUUGACAAACCAGACCAAUAGCCUUGUGCAGUCCCUGCAGUCCGCUGGGCUUCCAGUCUACGUUUAUGUGCUCAUGAACGAGUUCGUUUCUCAGCCAUGGGACUUCUUCUCAGAUGCCACACAGCAGAUCAACGCGUAUGUGAAAAGACCAGGUGGUGGCGUGGAUGGGGUCAUUACUGAUUUCCCUGCAACGGCUCACAGAUACAAAUUGAACUCCUGCAUGAACAUGGGCAACAACACUCCUGGCUUCAUGUUCCCUGCCCAGCCCGGUGGUCUCAUCGAAAACAUGCCCGGACCGGUGCAACCACCGGCGAUAGCUCCAUUGCCGCCCUUGACAGAAUCCGACGUCGCGGAGCCACCCCUACCGGCCGUCAACAGCAACGCCAAAGCGCUGGUGUUCGAUUUCCAGCCCCGCGACCCGGAGGACGCGCUCGCUGCCGUCGCCGUGCUCUCGCAGAGCAAAAUACCCGGAGUGGUCCGGAGGAGGACGCUGCGGAGGGUCCCGGCCACGAGGUGCUGGCUCGUCGGGCACUACGGCGGCGAAGGCGGCGGCGGCGCCGCCGCGGUCCGCGCCGCCGACGCGUUCAGCGCGCGGUGGCCGACCGACCUGGUCGUCGGCCGGCACGACUGUCGACACUACACCAACGGGCUCGUCGAAGUCCUGACAGGUGAAAAACGUGUCUUGGACUCCAUCAGAUCGUCAGCUGCCAAUGGCGAGGGUGAUCAAUAGGUCUAGAACUGUGAAAUGUGAACUGCUCAGAUGAAGAUUGAAGCACAACGGGAGAUACUUGUCCAUAUAAUCAGGUGAAAUAUUUUCCACUGAAGCUGUAUUUACUAUAGUUUCUUUUCCAUGCCCGACAACAAUUUACCAUGUAAAUCAUUUACUGGCAAAGUGGAGAGAAAAAAUGAUGACACCCACACAAAUAUGAGUCUAUGCGUACAGUUGUGAUCAUGUAAAAAGGCUUUACCUUUAGCAUACAAAUUUAUCCUGAAUAUCGUUUACCAAACUGAGACGUCGAUUUCGAAAUCGACAAGCCAUCGCUGCCUUUCUCCUCCAUCAAAAGUGCCCAAGUGUUUCGCAAUUAUCCUCAGCGUAGAAAGCUUAAGCUUUUAUGUAC